AGGCAGCCAGAGAGAGAAAGAGUGUUCACGUGACAGGAAAAAGCAUGCGUUCGGGCGCACGGGGCUGGCUGUUGGUGGCCCGAACGGUGGGAGGCUGGGGCUGGAGGCCGGUUAGGCUCUGUCGCCGUGGCAACAGCCAGGAGUUCCGCGGGGAGCAGCGCGGGGAGCGUUCGGAGGCUCUCGCUGCGUUUCGCCGGCAGCAGGAGCAGCAAUGGAAGCGCCGCAACAGGACGGUGCUCACCUAUCUGGCGGCCGGGGUCGUGGGCAUGGCAGGCUUAUCCUACGCAGCCGUGCCGCUGUAUCGCCUUUAUUGCCAGGCUACUGGGCUUGGUGGGUCAACUAUAGCAGGUCACAGUUCAGGCCAGAUUGAGACCAUGGAACCUGUAAAAGACCGCAUAAUUAAAGUCACCUUCAAUUCAGAUGUACAUUCAAGUCUUCAGUGGAAUUUCAAGCCUCAGCAGACUGAAGUUUAUGUGGUUCCAGGAGAAACUGCGCUUGCCUUCUAUAAAGCAAAGAAUCCCACUGAUAAACCAAUAAUUGGAAUAUCUACUUACAACGUACUACCACCUGAAGCUGGACAAUAUUUCAAUAAGAUACAAUGCUUUUGUUUUGAAGAACAAAGACUCAAUCCUCAUGAAGAAGUGGACAUGCCAGUAUUUUUCUUCAUUGAUCCUGAAUUUGUAGAAGACCCAAAGAUGGAAAAAGUUAAUUUGAUUAUUCUUUCUUACACAUUUUUUGAAGCAAAAGAAGGAUAUAAACCACCACUUCCAGGUUAUAACUAAUAGUAUAACAUGUAGACUCUGCAUCAGAAAUCUCUCUUCAGUUCUCUAUUGAUGAUCCACUGACUGUAAAAAUAACUUCUUUAACCUAGGAAGAAGAUGCUGACCAAUUCAGGCAUUAUGUUUUAUGUGCUGAAUAUGCACUGCUGUGUCUUCUAUUUGGAGAUGUGAUUAAUCUUCACUUUAAAAGCAAAAUCAGAAUACAAAGAAAUGAUAUACAAAAAUAGCUCAUAUUGUUCAUUUCUCUCUCUCUCACUUACAGGAAGAUCUGUCCAAUUGCCAAUUUAUGACGGUCAUGCUACAAAUUUUUUUUAAGCUUCAAUUUCACAGUUAUCUAAAAUAUUAAUGGAUUAGUGGUUCAAAGGGGAAAACAAAUUGUUGACUUUUUGGAGAUUUGGUGCCUAUUUAAUAAAUGCAGCAUUACUAGACUUGACUUUAAUUGCCUACCUUAAAUCAGAAGUAGCAUGAUCUGGUAAGUUUUGUAAGCUGUUUGAAUAAAUGUACAGAUGAUAUCAUUGAAUGUGUUAUGUUAAAACUCAGUUGUUCUGUGUAGCAACUUUUUAUUCUGAAAGCUCUAUUCCCAUUUUUGAUGAGUUACCUACAAGCUGAAAUAAAUGAAGAACAACUUUUGAAAGGCUGUUUUUUACCCUCCCAUAAUAGCCUGAGUUAAACCUUUCCUCCUGAAUUCUACUUCAGGGUAACAUAUUUACACUUUAAUUCUAUUCUUUCUGUUUCAUUCUCCCAUGAAAUAACACCCAACCAGGUCAAAUAAAGACUAAACAGCUUUAUUUGUAUAACACGCUAAGUUUGAUUAAGUCUAACCAAGAUUUACAUUUUCUGUGGCUUAGCAUGUUGCACAAAUCCAGUGUGUUUUCUGCAAACUCAGAAAGUGGAUUAAAAUGUAAUAACCAGCAUAAGUUUUUCAGAGUGGAUGAUGGUGCUCUGAUUUUUCUCAUAAAUUUAUCUGUAUUUGAGGAGGAGGUUGAGAAAAUGAUUCUGUUAACAUGGGCUUUUAGCUUGAAACAACCUGAAAAACUGCUUUUCCAAAAGAAGAUAUGAACAUCACUGUUACAGUAUGAACUGAAAACUGUCAAACAAUAUCUAAAAUACAUUACAUUUCAAAAGGCUGUUACCACAAAUGGUUCACUUCACUAUGUGAUGGAAAUCUGGGGGAAAAAAGGGGCCAGAAGAAUCACCCCCCAAUAUAAAAACUUUAUAGGUUUGACAAUGUUGCAAAGCACAUUCACCCUGAAAAUAGGCUAAACCCAACUUUACUUAAUUUUGUAUUUCUCCCUAAUCUUCCCUACAUAUCUCCCUAAUGUUUAUGGAAGAUCCCUCAACAGUCCAGAGCAAAUCUGGGAGAGUGGAUCUGAUGCAGCACAAAA